AUGAGUUCAUGCGAUGGAUUAGACACUAUGAGCUAGUUAUAUUGUAUUGAUAACUGUUAUGCUCAGGGUAUAGCAGCUUUAUUUUAGACUAAAGAAAAAUAGUUAUCGGGAGAAUAAAAGCUAUUAGAAUUAGGAAGAAUUCAAGGUUUAUUAAACUAAGAGCACAAACAAUGUUUGUACUCUUGUGAGGAUUAACGUGGAAAUGAAAGAUGCUAGAAUAACUGCAACUAUUUUUUCGAGCGAAAAUAAUAGUUGACAUAACAAUAUCAAUCUUAAGUUCUAAGGCAAGAAUAAGAUUAGUAAAAUAGAGUUGAAGAUGAUACCUAGUCAAUUUCUUUUUUCUCAAAACCAGAUCAUAAUUAAGCUUAUCAUCAGUUGGAUUUCUCGAUUACUCACUACUAAGAAGAGGAGAAGAAAUAUCAAUUUGAAACUAAUGAAAGACUGCUAAAUUUGGUAGCUAACGAUGUCUAUCUUGGAUAUGAGAUAUGUAUAACGAAUUGUGAUGUCUAAUUGAGUGGAUGUUAUUAAAGAUGCGCUGAUCUGAAGUCCAGAGAAAUUUAAAUGAAUCCUAUUUAUUAGAGCUUGUUUAAUAAAGACACAAUGUAUGAUCCAAAGAUUGAAGAUUUUCUCUUCAGCUCUGAGAAUAUAUUUGAAGAUUUUACUGGCUACGAAUCUGAUCAGUAAAAAUUAAUAAGAAAAAUGGAAGUUUCUACUCUAGUUAAUUUGUUUGCCCUAGAAAAAUAUUCAAGAGCUACAUUUGACCCCUUAUAUCUAGCAGAUAGUACCGAUUGGGACCAAUACAAGCAUUGUAAAAAACAUUGCAAAUCAAAUGAUUUGAAUUGUGUCCCCAAAUGCCUAGGUAAUUUUAGCAAAUCCGUUUUCAAUUAGGCAUCAUAAAGUUUGAAUCCUAAAGACUGUAUAGUAUUAAGCUAAUAUUCCUUACUUAGUGAUUAGCUUGAUUAUGGCCGUGACACAUCUGAUUAUGUACUAUACCAAAUUAAGUCAAAAUUAUCACUGCUAUCUGAAGUUGAAGACAAUGCAGCAAUCAGUUAUGAGCUAUAAAUUAAGGAUUUAAAUGCUAUUGAUAAAUGCUAUAGAAAAGUAAAUAACUAUUUAGAGGAAGCAGAAUGCGUAUAAAUGCUAAAUCAAUACUACCAAAACUAUGAUUCCUCAUAAGCUAUUAAUUCUCUUUAAUCAUUCUCAGAAUUCUAAUAAUAAGUUGGAGACUUUGAUAGCCUUUUGAAUUGCUAUAAUAAAGCAAGAACCCUAAAUGAAAUGUAGCAGUGCAAUAUUCAGCAUAGUCUGUAUAUUAGUAUGUAUUAAGGCAGAUGCAUCCAAUCUUUAUAUACUAAAGAUAUCAAUGAAAAAGUUGUUGAGAAGCUUCAAAACUUCCUUGAAUGUCUAUACAAUUCAAAUUCUGAGGAAAAAGUAUAGGAGUGCAUUGAGAUGUUUGAAGAUGCUGCUAAUCUUACAAUGCUUGAUUUGAUGUAAUUCAACAAAGGAGUGAAUUAAGAAAGUUUAUUAAGUCUACAUCUAGAACAUAAUGAAAGUCCUGGGCUAAAAAUCAUUGAGACUUAUGUUGGUUCAUAUGCUCAAUUGAAAUAUAGGCCAUCAAAAGCAUUAUCAUUAAUUGGGUCAGAGAAUUAUGAUGAGGCGAAAAUAGAUUAACUUUUAGAUAAAGAAAUGAGCAGAAGAGAUGAAAUAUUCUCAUUAAAAGUAGAACAGCUUAGAGAUAAGGCUAUCGAAGAGUUCAACAAUACUAAUGAAUAUGAAUGGUUCGCUAAAGCUGCUGGAUAGUAUUCUGAAAACACUAUUUGUAGCGCAGAAUGUAUGGAAUCUUGCUUCAAAUCAGAGGAUUUGCCUAUUUCAGUUAUAAUGAAUGAUUGUGUUCUUCAAAAGUGUUAAUGCUAGAAUUCUAAUAUUACUGCAAUGAGUCUCUCUGAUCUUCAAAUAGACGUAGUUCCUUUUGAUGAUUACCUGAUAAAUUCUAGAAAUAGCAAACUACUAUUGGAGUAAGCAUCAGAUUACUACUCAAUAACACAAGAUGUUGAUUUUGACUGUGCUUAUUAAUGUUUAUCUUCUUAAGAAAUUAUAUACAGAGCCAAGGAGAUUUGCAUGUAAAAGGCUUGUAAAGUUCAUUUGAAUCUUUUUAGAACAGAGGAAAAUAUUUCUCUGCAAUAAUAAAAAUGCGAUCCAGAUUGUGCGAAUGAAUGCUUUAGUCUUGUAUUCCAAAGUGCUAGAAGAAACUGUGUCCUGGGCUGUGGCUGCAUGUAUGGUCUUAAUUUAGCUUAAAACAAACCUCUUUCUAAGAAGAAACCUCAGGACAUCAAGAUGCCAAACAGUCUCUAUGUGAAUAUUUUCAUAUCUAUUUUGAUUUUGGCUUUCCUUGGAGGGUUAUUUAUAACUAUAAGAAGGGCCAAGAACCAAAUCUUUAUUUCAUAAAUGGAGGAAAAGCAUCAAGCUAGAAGAUAAAAGAUUAGAUAAAUGAGAGAUUAUGAUCAAGAUGAAAAAACUUUCGAUGUCACAGAGAGGUAUGAGAAGGUUAUAUGA